AUGAAGUUUAGCGGAGCUAGUACAAGAUUGAUCUGGAAAAUUAUUUUACGGGAUAAAUCUUCUCCGAAGUACCUCCACCUUGGAAUGGCCUACCCAAUAAGACUACUGAGUGCCCCCGUAAACUGUUUUCGUAUCGAAGAUGAACUCGGGCUCUUUUUCCCCGUUCUAGCGGUACAUUGUUUGGAAUGCGGAUACUUCUUCGAUUAUCUUGGUACCAAUGGGCUUGAACAUAACAACAAUUGUUCCGUAAUACCUAAAUACAGUAAAAGACGCGCAUGCGAAAUAAUUCAAAGGCGAUUUAGAUCAUGGAUGAAAAUCCGAACAAAUUCCGCCAAAAUUAUCCAACGGGCUGUUAUUCCAUGGCUUUUUCGAUUAAAUGGACCAUUCGCAAAAAAAGCUUUGAAUCGAUAUCAUAGUUUAGCUAUGACACAAACUCAGUCUAAAUGA